AUGAAGGAACGAUAUCUGAUAAACAACAUAGUGAUAAAAAACUUCACCACGAAAAGGCACUCGCAUUGUCUAUACAAGAAAGGAGACGAUGGAGAGAGCUGGUUGAUGAGACUCUACAAGUUCAGCAAGUGUUACAAAGAUUUAAGUAACGUGGAAUAUUAUAAUAAUUCUAAAAGGAGUUUGUACAUGGGAUACACAAGUGACAAGGGGGUGAAGAUAAGAAAUAUAAAAAGGAGGAUACAUAAAUAUAAAAUAAUGCAGAAUUUUAAAUUGACUCUUUUUACAUGUGUCAGUUUAUUUUUCGUCUUCUGUUGGAUUGCAUGUCUGAUCGUUUAUAACAAUAAAAAUCAUGUAGAAUGUACAAUUUCAUACACUGAUUGUCCGAUAGUUUUGCAUAAAGACAUUAGCAGUUUUUUUAAUAAUUCUCAAAUUAAUGAACUAAAGAAAGAACAUGUACUCAAGGUAUAUUCUGCUAUGAAACACAUACAAAUGAAGAUGGAUAUAUCUCAGGCCAAGGCAGAAGAAGAAAAAUUUCGUUUAAUAAAAAAAAAAAAAUACACUCUUUUGAUGACAGAUAAAGUAAAGUGUACUGAUUGCCAAGUCGUGUAUAGCAUUCCCAAGGAUGAAACUUUUGAUGACAUUUUCAAUUUUGAAAAAGCAAAUAAGUGCACAAAGACCGUUGGCACUCAACAUUGUGUUAAUGUUAAUGAUAAUGAAAACAUUAUACGCAACAAACGUAUACACCUAUACAAGAGGUAUACUGGUCAUGUGAGAAACACGGAUAUGUUUGAAAACCUCAAGAAGCAGAAGCGAUAUAUUGAAAAUGCUUUCAAAGGUUUCUACAUGGGCGAGAAAAUUAUCAUAGGGGACAAAAUCAAGUAUGUGUAUCCAUUCCUAAAUGACUACGUCUGUAACUUGGACUACUUCUUUCUUCACAAAUCAGACGGAGAAAGAAUUCCCGUGAAUGAAGAACCUCUAGGGGGAUGGAACUUCCUCUUGGAAAAAUCUGAACACAUUUGUAGUUCCACCUAUAGGAAGAUGUUCGGGAAAAGCACGUUCUACUGGCUAUGUCCAGAAUUUUACGAGAAGAAGAAAAAUUCACGUGAAUUCAAAAUUGCAUUCAUGAUGAAGCACAUGUUGAAUUUCGAAGGGGCAGGGCCUUCUGAAAAAAAUAAACAUAUCAUUGAAAUGUCUAAAUCUAGCGCAACUGUAAGCCGGUACAACCAUUUUGGAUAUAUCUCUAACAAGCUAACAUUUCCUUUUAAGAUCGACAUAUACAACAGAUUUCAACCACCUGAUAAUGAAUUUUUGAAACAAGAUUUAUUUGAGAAGAUAUAUAAAGCUUUCUUCUGCACGCAUAGGGGCAAUUCUUGUGCAGGUAAAACUAACAUUGACAAUAAAAUAAAUUAUGAACAGACAGGUGUUUUGCAUAAGGAGGUUGACGUGUCCAAGUUGGCCUCUUUCUUCUACCCAAGUUAUGAAGACUGGGGAAUUGCGUCAAGUGGUACUGGUGUGGAGAAGUUGAAAGAAGUGGAUCAGCUAAAGAGUGAUGAGAAGUUGAAAGAAGUGGAUCAGCUAGAGAGUGAUGAGAAGUUGAAAGAAGUGGAUCAGCUAGAGAGUGAUGAGAAGUUGAAAGAAGUGGAUCAGCUAGAGAGUGAUGAGAAGUUGAAAGAAGUGGAUCAGCUAGAGAGUGAUGAGAAGUUGAAAGAAGUGGAUCAGCUAGAGAGUGAUGAGAAGUUGAAAGAAGUGGAUCAGCUAAAGAGUGAUGAGAAGGACUAUCCGUUUUCGCACGAAAAUGUGUGUGAGACUAAUUGUUCUGUGAAUGAGCGUACUCUUCAUGUAGAAGAUGAAAAAGGUGGCAAUGUAAAACGUGUCUUAAUAGAAGAAGUCAUCAUGUCCAAGUUUAGGAAAAGUGAAAAAGAGGAAAAAUUGCAAAAUAAAUUCGAAAAAGAACUAAUCAUUGUAUCUUCUUCGAUAUUUUUUGGAAUAAUGAAAAAUAUGCUCCGAAUGGUCAUAUUUUUUUUAUGUAUACUCCUUGUGAUGAUCUUGGCUUUGGUGACUUUCUAUGUUCUUAUAAACAGAGGUACUGAUACUUCAAUUAUUUUAAAGAACCAAUAUGAUAUGGAGGAAAUGCCCACAUACUUAAAACGCAUUUCGAAACACAUCCUUCGCAAUGGAAUUGGAAAUAUAAACAAAGUUGUUAAUGCAGACAGGGCUUAUUUUAGGAGUCAUCGUCAUAUUAGCAACCCGUUUUAG